CUUGGAUCUAUUGGCCUCGGUGGCUGCAACUCAUCUAACAAGGAACUACACAACUUCAGCUUUUCACACGAAUUCUAUUAAUCCAGCACAAGGAACUGCUUUUCAACUGCCUUCUAAUAAUUGAAUUCAAAAUCUUUUGGAAAUGUUCGCCAAGUCCAUCACAGUGCUUUGGUCGCUGUUUCUUCUUAUGACCGCUGUUCAAGCUCAGUUUCAGUUCUUUGAACAAAUGUUCGGAGGCAACCAACAGCACGGCCAUCAAGGCGAACAAGAGGCUGCCAGUGAUAGUUCCUGGUAUCAACGAACCUGGGAAGGAGCACACUGCACGAGGUAUCUUUGCCCUGGUACACUUGCCUGCGUCCACUUCCCACAUCACUGUCCAUGUCCUCAUCCUGAUGUCGAAGAAAAAGUUGAGCUUGGUGAAGGAAGUGCAAUUUGCGUAUCUCGAGGUGGAUUCAAGGCCGGAGAGGCUGCAAGGAAGAUUGAAUUGGCCCGCAAAGGUCUCCUGUAAAUACUUGUCGGUUAUAUGAUCACCUGCAUAGUUAGAUUUCAUGCACAAAGCUAUUCUCACGAUCCAAUUCUUCGCUAGGUGCUCAGCUAUAUCGAGAAUUUAGAACCUAGAACCUAUA